AUGUCUGCACCUUUGGUACCCAUGGCACCGCCGCCGUUACCUCUAGGUUGGACAGAACACAUGAGCCCUACUGGACAACCCUACUACUUUAAUACACAAACACAAGAAUCCACCUAUGUCCGGCCAUUACCACCGUUUCCUAUGCCCGCAGCAGUGCCGCAGAAGAAGAGAAAGAAGGAGAAGCCUCUUGUGAAGACGCCUAUACCCGGGACUGAGUGGUUGCGCGUCAAGACCACGGAGGGCAACAUAUUCUACACGCACACAGUGAAGAAGCAGAGCGUGUGGACUGUUCCGGAGGAGAUCCUAGAUGACGUUGAAGCGCUGGAGAAGGAGGAGGAAGAGGCACAACUGAGGGAGGAGCUGGAGGAGAAGGAGAAGGCGGAACGCGAGGCGAGGAGGGUCGAGGAGAGGGCAUCGGAGAUCGAGCGAAUAAAGUCGGAGGUGCGUGAUAUGGUGGGGAAACGGAAGGCUGAAGAGGUCCCGGUGGACGAGUUCGUCAUCUCGAAGAAGGCGAGGACAGACGACGCAGAGGACCAAGAGGAGGACCAAGAGGAGGACCAAGAGGAGGACCAAGAGGAGGAAAGCGAGAGUGAGGAAGAAGAAGACUGGCAGCGGGAAGCUGCAGCUCAAUUGGCUGCUGAGGCGAACGAGGAACGGAAAAAACAGGAGGAGACAAAACGACAGGAAGAAGAGACCAAGCAGGCGCAAGCUCAGGCGGAGAAGAGCAUACCACAGCUGAGCAUGCCCGACCGGGUAGAUCUCUCUGUCGACGAGGCCAAGGCUUUAUUCAAGACUCUUCUGCGAGAGAAGGAUGUCAAUCCUCUCCAUCCUUGGGAUAUGUCUCUCCCACUGUUCAUCUCUGACCCGCGUUAUGUGCUCUUACCUUCAGUUUCUGCCCGACGAGAAGCAUUCGAUGAAUAUUGCCGCGACCGCGCUCGUGAGCUGCGACAAUCUCAAGUUAAGAAAGAUAAAGAAGUUGCGAACCCCAAAGAAGAGUUUGAGCAUCUAAUGCGAGAUGAAGUGAAAAGUACGAGAACGAGUUGGACAGAGUGGCGCAGACAGUGGAGGAAGGACCGACGAUUCUUCGGAUGGGGUCGAGACGAUCGGGAGCGAGAGAAGCGAUUCAGAGAAUAUCUCAAAGAACUCGGUGAAAAGAAACGAGCAGCUGCGCAGAAAGCAGAGGCAGAUUUCUUUGCGCUGCUGAAAGAAAGUGGAAUCGCGAACGCCGGUGUUGUUUGGAAAGAUGUUAAGCAUAAGGUGUCUCAAGACCCACGCUAUAACGCGGUUGGCUCCUCUACAUUACGGGAAGAAUUAUUUGGCACGUUCUUGAAAGCCCAUGGAGAAACUGCGCAACCUACCUCGAAGGAUACAGCUAGCGAUGCUACUGGUUCCCUCGAGAAGCGUACAGAGGAAGAUGAGGAAGAGCGAGAGCGCAGACGACGUGAGAGGACAGAACGCGCAGUGAAGCAGCGGGAAGGACAAGUUAUGGCAGAUUGGAACAAGUUAGAGGCUGAUAUCGGUCGUUCAAAGAUGGGUCUGAACAAGGAGGAGAGCGAACUGGAGUUCAGAACAAUGCUAACAGACGCGGUGCGAGAUCCACAGGUCACAUGGGACAGUGUACUACCACAGCUGAAGACUGACCCACGUUUCCUUCGCUCAAGCCUUCCGCCGAAUCAGCAACUGUAUCUGUUCCGCGCACACGUUGAUACCCUACACUCCAGACAUCUCGCGAGCCUGCAUAUGUUGUUCGCGUCGCACGCCUCUUCGCUCGCCACGCCCUUCGCGAAACUGCCUGUGCCUUCGAUCCUGUCCUCGCUGCCAGCCACCAAACUCGGGCUGGAUGUGAACCGGCUAGAACAAGAAUACGAACGAUGGCAGCGGGAGAGGGCGCACCAGGCCCGACUGGCGUUCGACCAGAUGCUCAAUGAGAAUGCGUUUAUCGAGUUCUGGGGCAGACUGGGUAAGAUAGGCGGCAAGGGAGUGGAUGAAACUAUCAAAGUCGAUGAUCUCGGGGAGGGGGAUGCGGAGGAGGAGCAGGUCGAUAUGAAGGCGUUGGCAAAGACUGUCGACCUGAAGGAGAUGGUCAAAGUUUUAAAGAACGAUGCGCGAUAUCUCGCCUUUGACCAUGUUCCUGAGCAGCGAGAGAGAUGGCUGAGGGACUAUCUGUCGCAACUCUCUGCGCCCAAAUUAUCUGUACAUGUUUCUUAG